AUGGCGAGCUAUGACCCCUACAAACGAGCCAGACACGACCAAGGCAUAGACGCCAAAAUAGUCGUCAUGGGCAACACAGGCGUUGGGAAGACUAGUCUUCUCCACCGCUACGUACAGAACAAAUUCGAUCCGAAGAACACGACGGCCACCACCGGGGCCUUCUUCGUCACGAAAAAGAUCGACGUGAAUGGCCACAAAGUUCGAUUGCAGCUUUGGGAUACGGCUGGCCAGGAAAGGUUCCGAAGUAUGGCGCCCAUGUAUUAUCGUGGGGCAAACGCUGCGCUCAUUUUGUACGAUAUCACAAACGCGCCCACAUUUGAGGCUGUGAGAGGGUGGCUGGAGGAGCUGAAAAGCAACUGUUCACCCGAACUCAUCAUCUAUAUCGUCGGUUCCAAGGCCGACCUUCGUUCGUCACGGCAAGUCACCGAAGAUUUUGCUCGGUUGUCUCUGCACAACUGGUUUCCGCCGCCCAAACCACCAACGCCUCCUCCGCCACCUCAGCAGUCUUCGGCGUUUGCCUACAUCCGACCCCGAUUCACGUCACUCACGUCAAUGCGAUCACUUCCAUUCUCACCCCCCUCCACCCGCUCUCCCUUUGUGGAUCCACCAUCCGUCGUGGAACAUCCAUCUCAGGCUUUUACCUCUCUCGCAUCUGCAUCAGCGUCGUCACAGCGGUCUGGGCUGCAACGGAGCCAUACCGCCGCUGGGAACGCUGCCCCUCGGGCCCGUGCCAACAGCCUUCUGAACCGUUCAAACACGACAACCGGCGCGCAUCAUCAUCAACUUCCAUCACCACCGCGUUACGGCUCUCGCGUAGUCGGGCGGGAAACUCCCACGUACGAUCUAGGCGAUUCCAGCCGCAGUCAUAGUUUGGACGAGGAGAACGAAGACCAAGCUAACAGUUCCGAGGAAUGGGGCUUAUCCAAAGGCAUGGAGUUAUUCGAGGUGUCGGCGAAGGACGACAUAGGCAUCCAACACCUUUUUCAGUGCCUGAUAACGGCUAUCAUCGAGCGGAAGGAUAGCAUCGAGCGAGAGAACGAGCUCAAAAAACGCGAUAGCGUCUUUCUUUCCUCAACGCCAUCAUGGGCAGCGGUGGCCGAUGACGAAGAAGCAACCGAGAAGGAAAAGCAGCCCAGCGGCUGGAGCUGUUGCUCGACCUAG